AUGGCUGCCGUAACAUGUGUUGGCUGUAACAUGAAAGAUCAAGCAAGUGGUUUGGCCAAAAUAUCUCGCUUAAUCGUGCAAACCAAAGGUCUGCAGUCACCGGCAGCAGUGGGUUCCGGCAGAAGCAAUUCAGAGCAUCACUCCCCGAGAAGACUAUUCGGAGAGGGAUCAGUGAGAGAAAGGCUGAAGCUGCUCGGCGAGUUCCUGGGGACGCCACCGACCGCGGCCAACGGGACCAGGCAGCACGCCACCCGGAACAAUGGCGGCGGCACCGCCAGCUUUGACACCAACAUGGUCUUCAUCCUCGCGGCGCUGCUGUGCGCCCUGGUGUUCGCGCUCGGGCUGAACUCCGUGGUGCGGUGCGCUCUUCGGUGCGGCCGGCGGGUGGUAUUCGAGAACCCCGAGGAGGUCUCUUCGAGGCUGGCGGCGACGGGGCUCAAGAAGCGGUCGCUCCGCCGCAUCCCGGUGGCCGUGUACGGCUCGGGGGCCGACUUCCCGGCCACCGAAUGCCCCAUAUGUCUCGGCGAGUUCGCCGACGGGGAGAAGGUCCGGGUACUCCCCAGGUGCCACCACGGGUUCCAUGUCAGGUGCAUCGACAAGUGGUUGGCUUCGCACUCGUCGUGCCCGACUUGCCGGCAGUCGCUGCUAGAUCAUGGCGGAGGCGAUGGCGUCGGUGGACAUGUCAUGGAAUCGCCUCAUCCGUGAUCAUGCAAAUGAUGAUGAUGGUGGUCAUGAUGAUGACACGAAGGCACCGCUUGAUGGCAGCACGUGUCGUGUCAUUUCCUGUCACCCUACUUGGUCCCCAUUUUGGCCGAAAAUGAACGUUAUGUCAUUUACAUAUCUAACAAUCAUCUUUUGCUACCA